GAGCAAGGCACUUAACCCUAAUUGCUCCUGUAAGUCGCUCUGGAUAAGAGCGUCUGCUAAAUGACUAAAAUGUAACCACCUUAAUCGGAACGUGUCAGCACCCAUAGUGCAAGCUUCCCUCUUCAGCGCGAGUGAAGUGAGUUCGGAACAACUGAAUGUAUGCGUUUUAGAAAUAGUUAUCACAUACAAACUUUAUAUGUCCGAACUGAGAAUCAAACAGACUUCCCAAAAACAACAUGGUCACUGUGGUAGAACAUUUCUUUUGAUUGGCGAUUCUCUGCAUUUAUCAGAUUGACAUUACGUACCCUGAUUUCAGGUGUGUCCAUGUAAACAGGAUUAUUAAGGAAAUCGCUCUUCUUGCAAAGCAUGUAAACGUUUUAAUAGAACUAUUAUAUUAAUCCGAAUAGCUACAGUAAUCGCAUUAUUGUAUGCAUGUAACCUUACUCGUUGGCGCUGCCCACGUCACAGACGCUACAAUGGCUCAGAUACAGAAACGGCAUAAUGUUUACACCCCUGCUGUAUCCUCUGCACGUCACGAUUAAACUUUGAUUUUAUUUUGAGUGCAGAUUGAAUUUGAUGAUGAUUGAUUACUAAUGCCUGGCAAGCAAAGUCUGUGCAGCAAGUUCUGUCUGACGAUCACGUGACGAGUUGCUGGUUGCUUCAGAUAGAAGUAGCUAGUCACGACAGUGAGCGCCGUUGUGAAUGCAGUAGGAGCUGCUACUAACAGCAGAGAUGCUGGUAUAUAGUGCUAAAAGCUAAAAGUCUGACAGGACAAGCUACGUGACUAUACACCGCCCCGGUGUGACAGUUAGCAGGCCAGGUGGAGGAGGAGGAGGUACGGUAGCUAUGUGGGUGUUCGGGUAUGGCUCUCUGAUCUGGAAGGUGGAUUUUCCCUAUGAGGAGAAGCGGGUCGGCUUCAUCACAGGCUUCAGCCGGCGCUUCUGGCAAGGCAGCACCGACCACAGGGGAGUGCCAGGCAAGGUUCUGGAUGGGGACAGAGGCUCGAUGUUGUCCACCUCUCUACAGGUUCUGGAUGGGGACAGAGGCUCAAUGUUGUCCACCUCUCUACAGGUUCUGGAUGGGGACAGAGGCUCGAUGUUGUCCACCUCUCUACAGCCUGGCCGAGUCGUGACUCUAGUGGAGGACCCAGAGGUGAGCUGCCACCUGUGUGUGGGUUGUGUUUGGGGCGUGGCCUAUAAGCUGCCGUCUGGCCGAGAGCAGGAAGUGAAGCGUUACCUUGACCACCGGGAGAAGGGCGGUUACCGCGUCAUCGCAGUGAACUUUCACCCCCGACCCUCCGUGACCCCCACAAGACACACUGACACUCCCCAUGCCCCCAGCCAGGCUCUGCUCUACAUCGGUUCUAAUGACAACCCUGACUACCUGGGACCCGCCCCCCUGGAGCUGAUAGCCAAUCAGAUUGUAGAUGCAGUCGGGCCGAGCGGACGGAACACUGAAUACCUGUUUUCAUUGGCCGAGGCGCUGAGGACCCUCCUCCCUGAAGACUCUGACACACACCUCUUCUCUCUGGAAGACCUGGUUAGAGAGAGACUAACACGUACUAAAUGUGUGUCAGGAAACCAUCGCAGGGAUGCUGUAGAUUGUCAGUCAUGUGAUUGUCUCCAGGACCAUUCAGAGCUGGGUCAGGGUUAGGGUCGGGACCGUUCAGAGCUGGGUUAGGGUUGUUCAGAGCUGGGUUAGGACCGCUCAGCGCUGGGUCAAGGUUAGGGUCGGGACCAUUCAGAGCUGGGUUAGGGUUGUUCAGAGCUGGGUUAGGACUGUUCAGAGCUGGGUCAGGGUUAGCGUCGGGGCCGUUCAGAGCUGGGUCAGGGUUAGCGUCGGGGCCGUUCAGAGCUGGGUUAGGGUUGUUCAGAGCUGGGUUAGGACCGCUCAGCGCUGGGUCAAGGUUAGGUUUAGGACUGUUCAGAGCUGGGUCAGGGUUAGGACUGUUCAGAGCUGGGCCAGGGUUAGUCGAAUAUGUACCAAACCUGCCAGGUCAGUGAUCUUUUUGCUGCGUUCAAAACAACUGGGAACUCGGAAAUCUCCGACUUCUGUUCAAAACAACUGGGAAUUCUGAAAAAAACGA